AUGGAAUUUUUGGAAAAACGCGCAUUUGUGGGAGGUCUUCCCAAGGACAUCACCGAAGAAGAUCUCAAAGCUCGCUUCGUUCCUUUCGGAAGUAUAUCUGAAGUAGAUAUUAUACGCCAUUCAGAUACAGGAGAUUGCCGAGGGUUUGCAUAUAUUACAAUCAAUUUGACAACAAAUAAUUGGAAAAAAUGUUUAUCUCUUUACAAUGGUUCCAGAUGGAAAGGAAUGACAUUAAAGGUCCAAGACGCGAAGCCUAGUUAUAAACAAAGGUUACAAGAAGAAUUGAAAGGUCAAAAUGAAUCUGACAACAUGCAAUCUAUGUUACCUAAAAAACGUAAAUAUAAACCCCAACACGCUGAUGAUAUGAAUUUGGUGACAGAUGAUAAUGUUGAGGGGAGAAAGGUUACGAUAGAUCCUAGUCAAUAUGAUAAUAAUCUGAUAAAAUUUUCCGAAAAUGAUCAAGACAUUACUGUGAAAAACGAUGAAAGUUAUUUGAAUCUUUUUACUCAAAAUUGGUUCAAUGACGUAAAAGGCGAAAAUGGUGAAUCUGGUAAAAAUGAUGAAAAUGAUGCAAACAGAGAAACUCAACAUUCAAAUUCCACAGAAUCAGUAGAAUCUCUUCCACCUACAAUAAUUGAUAGCCUCAAAAAAUUGAAAAUUCAAAAUGAAAAAAGUGCAUCGAAAGAGGAAAAAUCUAAUCAAAUUCGUCUGGAAGCUCUCGAAAAACGUGCACAGCAAAAAAAUGACAAAAUGGAAAAAAUAACGCGGGCAUUAAGAAAUGAUGGCGAACUAACUAAAUCAAACAAUCAUAUAUUUUUCCCCGAUAAUGAAAACUCGACGACCAACGCGUUACCAGAAAAAAUUAGUUUGAUUGACUCCGAUUCCGAAGAAACAUCUAUGGAUAUAAAAAUUAAUCCCACAUUUGAAGGGCCUUCAGGGAAAGAACUUCUCAAUCUUCAGAAAAAGUUCCGUGGUGACAACCGCUUUAAAUUAAAUGAAGAUUUCAUUAAUUCUGAUGAUGAAAAAAAUAAUGUAGAACAGAAUACUUCUGCAGAUCAAAAUUUUGAAUCUGACGAUGAAAUAUCAAAAUCAUUGGAAGAAGAAAAAUCAAAAAGAUUGGGAAUCUUGAAUUCACUUCUUGGAAAUGAUCUGGAAUUUAAAUCACCCAAAAAAAAACCGGAAUGGAAAGAAAUGGUUCAUUUCGAUCCAGAUGCUCCAGAGGCAAAGUCGUUUGAAAUACAGAGAAACGACAUUAAAGAGGAAUCAUCAGAAGCGCCAAUAUCAAUGUCAAAUCCUUUACCGAUAGUAUCAAAGGAAAUAAAAGUCGAAAUAAAUGCAGAUUUAAAAGGAAUUUUUGCCCCUGGCGCACCUAAAUAUGAGACCUUCUCACUCUUUAGCGCUAACGAAGAUAACACAGACAAAACAAUAGAUGAUCAUAAAGUUGAUGAAACUAAUGAAGAAUCUUUACCAUCAAUGCACCAUAAAACUACAACGUCAUCUCAAAUUAAAGAUAAUGAGAUAAGAUCUUCUGGUCCCUUGUUCUUUUUCCAUUUUGAGAAUCCCGACCUUUCUAAGAGAUCUCACUAUCGAGAUUUAAAGAUCUUUAUGAGAAAUUUACCUGUUGAGGAAAUAAUAUCUCAUUGGCAAGAUACUUCGCGUGAUAUGACUAAAGAAUAUAAACGCAAACAUAAAUCAAUCCUCAAUCUUCUCGACAUGAAUCGAUCCAGUGCAGGUUACGAUCGUCACAUUACUAUUUUCUCUCCUGAGGGACGUCUUUACCAAGUUGAAUAUGCAUUCAAGGCGAUAUCUAACUCAGGUGUAACUUCAGUUGGUGUUCGUGGUAAAGAUAGUGUAGUUAUUGUGACUCAAAAAAAAAUUCCGGUAACCGAUGCUCGAGCUCAAGUAGUUCGUGCUCAGCAAGAAGCCGCGGACUUUAAAUAUAAAUUUGGUUAUCACAUUACUACAGAUAUGAUUGCAAAGCGAGUUGCUAAUAUAAACCAAGUUUAUACGCAACACGCAGCCAUGAGACCUUUGGGUGUUUCAAUGAUCCUAAUUGGGUACGAUGAAGAACGAGGUCCACAACUUUUUAAAUGUGAUCCAGCUGGUUAUUAUGUCGGAUAUAAAGCUACGGCUGCUGGUGCUAAACAGCAAGAAUCAUUAAAUCAUUUAGAGAAAAAACUCAAAAAGGAUCCUUCCCUAAAUUUUGAAGAAACAGUAGAAUUAGCAAUAAAUACUCUCUCAUCCGUUUUAUCGGCUGACUUUAAAGCAACCGAAAUCGAAGUUGGAGUUGUCACACAGGAUGACCCUAAAUUCCGAACAUUAUCAGUCGAACAGAUUGAAGGACAUCUUCAACUACUUGAAAAUUCAUUCUUACAACUUGGGUGGACAACUGAAGCGAAAAUUUACACUUAUACAGAAAGACAAUUUCGACCAGUUUAUAUCGAGGAUGAUCAACGUUGCACGAGUGACUUACCCGAUCGGGCGCACGAUAAACAAGAAACUUUGACAAAAAAUGAUAAACAUUACUCUGAUGCUCGUACUCAUAAAGACAGAUUCAUUGCGAAUUUCACAUACUAUGAUGAUUCAAAUGCACUUGUAAUAAAUUUUACUGAGGAACCCCGUGAACUUUGUGAAGAUGCAACCAAAUACCUUCUAGUAUAUUACAAUGACACCGACAAAAUAAAAUCAAUUCGUAUAGAUGAUCCACCCAAAUUUAUUCGAGGGAUAGCAAGUGAAAAGCCAUCCUUUGCACUUAAUCCAACUUAUGAUGAGAAACGUGACGUAUUUAAGCUUAACUUUGCAGAUUCUGUUUCGACUACGUUCCAAGAAACGAAUGUUGAGGAUGUCGAGAUUGAAAUAGAUGAAGAAGGAAAACUUGUUACAAUAUUAUUUCGCAAUGCAAGUAUCAAGAUGGCAAACAUGUUAAAAUAA